GGGGACCCCGGGCGCGGGGACACGUGAGGAGGAUGUCCUUCAAGAAGGAGACGCCGCUCGCCAGCGCCGCCUUCUGGGCCGCGAGGAGGGGCGACCUGGUGCUGCUCCGGCUGCUGCUCACCAGCGGGCGUGUGGACGUGGACUGCAGGGACAGCGGCGGCACCUCGCUCCUCAUGGUCGCCUCCUACGCCGGCCACAUCGCCUGCGUGCGGGAGCUGGUGCUCCAGGGCGCCGACAUCAACCUCCAGAGAGAGUCAGGCACCACCGCCCUGUUCUUCGCCGCCCAGCAGGGCCACGACGACGUCGUGCGGCUCCUCUUCCAGUUCGGGGCGUCCACGGAGCUCCGGACCAGAGACGGGGGCACGGCCCUACUGGCCGCCAGCCAGUGCGGGCACCGGCAGGUGGUGGACACCCUCCUGAGGCACGGCGCCAACAUCCACGACCAGCUCUACGAUGGAGCCACUGCCCUCUUCCUGGCUGCCCAGGGCGGCUACCUGGACGUCACUCGGCUGCUGCUGUCGUCCGGAGCGAGAGUCAACCAGCCGAGGCAGGAUGGGACAGCUCCGCUGUGGAUCGCGUCACAGAUGGGCCACAGUGAGGUGGUGAGGGUGAUGCUGCUGCGGGGAGCCGAGCGUGACGCCGAACGGGACGACGGCACCACGGCGCUGCUGAAGGCGGCCAACAAGGGCUACCACGCGGUCAUCGAGGAGCUGCUCAAGUUCUCCCCCAGCCUGGGCAUUCUGAAGAACGGGACAUCGGCGCUCCACGCCGCAGUGCUCAGCGGGAACAUCAAAACCGUCGCGCUGCUCCUGGAGGCAGGGGCGGACCCGGCCCUGAGGAACCAGGCCAACCAGCUCCCAGCAGAACUCACCCAAAACGAGCGCAUCCUGAGCCUCCUCGGAGGCCAAGGCCGGCACAGGAGGAGCUACCUCAGCUGCAUAUUUGACUGAGGAGAAACCAGCACCACCUGCGCCCUAGACACUCUCUCCAGCAGAGCCGCCGAGGCUCUCCGAAGCAGACGAGGCCCCGGGUGCCCGCCCAGGUUCCCGGCCACGAAGAGCCGUGCCUGGAGCCGGAAGCACAGCUCGGGGCUCCCUCCUCACACGGUGGCUCCUGCGGCCGGCAGCCCCCUCCUGCGGGCCCGGCAGGGUCUUGGGCUCCGCAGAAACUCGUCUUAAACUGGACUCACUCGGGCCUCUCGGUUCAACCCUGAUUGUUAAACCUCCGCAGAGCUGUAAGUAAAAAGACAAAGAGACAGAAAGCCUUUGAGAGACCACAGGUCUGGCCUCCAAUGAACUCGUGCCCUCUAGCUUUCGUGUUCCAUGGAAGUGUGCUAACAUGUGUAGCUCCGUGACACCGUACACGCAUGCAUGUAUGUCAUCCCCAUAUAAAAUGACCUCCUACCCCAGGGUCACAGCCAUGGUCUCAGAGACCUGACAUGUGAACUU